AUGGCUGCCGCUCCUACCUAUCGAGACACAAUCUUGAGCAUGUCGGAGCCCGAAACCGAGCGGCUUGUUAACAGCGACGAUGAACCAGAUCCUGUACUAGAAAAGCCCGGCCACGGGGCGAAAAGCGCAUCUAAGUCGCGACCUUUACGGUUCUUCAUACUGCUUUGCAAAUGUUGCGUCUACCUCCUAGCGCUCUAUGGGCUAUUAGACCUAUGCCGUCGUAUGCAUGACCAUCUUUCCCCAGAGGUACAACGACAAGACACCACCGAUCAUCUUGCACUAGCAGCCCAACAACAGCAACAAGAACAACAACAAGACGCCUCAUGUUCCUGCGGCGAAACCUUAGCCUCAGCACUAGCUCUGGACUGCAAAUUCGACGUCCUCUCAUCCGCGUGGCUACCCCCCCGCUGCCGCGACGACAUAGUGACGGCAGAAUUCGAACAUGCGGGACCCGGUCCCGGCGGCGCAUGGACGUAUUUCGAGGAUGAAAACGGUACCAUUCCCAUCGACGUGUCUAAGCUGGGUGAGCUUACAAAUACGGGGCGCAAGUACCAUGCGACGAAUGUCUGGCACAUGAUCCAUUGUUUCUACUUUUGGAAGAAGCAGUAUCGCGUGAGGUUUACGGGCGUCGUGGUGGAGAGGUGGGGGGAUACGGAGCCGCAUAUUGAUCACUGUAUUGGCCUAUUUCAUAAGUAUCCUUGGAAGCCGGUUAUAGGGUCGGUGGUGGAGCCUAUGCUGCCGAAUCCGCCGUUUCGACAUCAAUCUGCGCAGAAGAGUAAUGCAGAGUAA